CCCAAGCCUCUUGGAUCUACUGCUUCAGCUGCGGAGUUCUGAUCAGCCACUUCAAAUGAAAAUAUUCCAUUUAUUAGGGUGUUUAUUCCUGUUGCUGCAUCACAGCCAGCAGUGUUCAUUCUCGUGCCAUGCAAAUGCGGAGUGUAAAGUGGAGAAAGGGAUUCAAGGAUGUUACUGCAGUACAGGAUACACAGGAGACGGCAUUAAAUUCUGUGAAGAUGACAACGAAUGCCAAAACGCCACCUACAUCUGCGGAGACAACGCCAACUGCACGAACACCAAUGGAAGCUAUUACUGCUUGUGUGUCCCGGGCUAUGUUUCAAGCGGCCUUGAGAGAUUUAUGACCAACGAUGGGACGUACUGCCAGGAGAACCUAAAGAUGAAAUGCCAUUUGGAUGAUCGCUGCAUAUCAGCAAACAUUAAUCAGACAAUUAUCAAGGUCAACACUAUCAAAGAGCCGAUCGCUAUUCUUAAAGAGAUUCAGAAGAGCACGACAAAAGAUAUUCUACCUGUUGAUAUAAUUUCCUAUGUUGAAGUACUUGCAGCCUCCAUGUCACAACUAAGCACAUUAAAUAAGACAGCGCUGAAUGCAGAGACCUUGAUGAAUACCACCCUUACGACUUUUGUUAACACCGUGAACAACUUUGUUGAAAAGGAUAAAAUUACAGUUUGGAAAAAGCUGACAGAUGAGAGCCGAAGAAAAAGUAUCACGAAACUCCUGCACACAACGGAACAAUUGGCUCUGGAUAUGUCACAGAAUUUCAAGAAAACAACGCAACUGGAUGUCGACGCCAGCGAUAUGGCUCUCAAACUGUUUACCUUUGACUCCAACCACAUGAAACACAUUCACCCGCACGCCUUUAUGGAGGGCGAUUACAUCAAGAUUUCUCCAAAGAAAAAGGAAAUGUCUCCACUUAAUGGCACAGUGAGCAUUGUAUUCCUCCGAUAUGACAGCAUUGGUGCACUCCUUGCAUCUCCUGAAACCCAAGCUCUGACAGACGAUGAUAAUUCACUGGAAUUUGGCGAGCUAGUAAACUCACCGAUAAUUGCGGCAGCAAUUAAUUCCAACCCUCCUACCCUCUACCAGCUGGAAAAAGUCACAUUCACGCUGAGACAUUUAGAGGUAAGUGAUUCUCACUCUGCAAAGUGUGCAUUUUGGAAAUACACAAUGGAGACUCUUCGAGGGCAGUGGUCUACUGAAGGUUGCGAAGUGGACUACUCCAACGUUACACACACCUCAUGCAAAUGUAACCAUCUCACUCAUUUCGCUAUUUUGAUGACCUCAUCCAGUCAUAACCAAGUGUCCAUUCAUCACAUCGUCCUCACCAGGAUCACUCAGCUGGGGAUCAUCAUCUCCCUGAUCUGUCUCUCCUUGUGCAUCUUCACAUUCUUCUUCUUCAGUGAAAUCCAGAGCACCAGGACAACCAUUCAUAAAAACCUCUGCUGUGCCUUGUUCCUGGCUGAGCUGCUUUUCAUCAUCGGUAUCAGUAUGACCAAAAAAAAGCUUCUGUGUGCCAUCAUCGCUGGACUUCUACAUUACUUCUUCCUCGCAGCGUUUGCCUGGAUGUGCAUUGAGGGAAUCCACUUGUACCUUAUUGUCGUCGGUGUCAUCUAUAACCGUGGAUUCUUGCACAAAAACUUCUACAUUUUCGGUUACUGUAGUCCGGCUGUGGUGGUUGGCAUUUCAGCGAUUCUGGGAUACAAGUAUUAUGGCACGGAUAAAGUAUGUUGGCUGAGCACGGAGAACAAUUUUAUAUGGAGUUUUAUUGGACCGGCCUGUCUCAUCAUUCUUGUUAAUUUGAUGGCAUUCGGUGUUAUCAUCUACAAAGUUUUCAGACACACUGCAAUGUUAAAACCAGAAGGUAGCUGCUAUGAAAACAUAAGGUCCUGUGCGAGGGGUGCUCUUGCUCUUCUGUUCCUCCUUGGUGCCACCUGGAUGUUUGGUGUUCUCCAUGUUGUAAAUGGCUCAUUGGUGACAGCUUACCUCUUCACUAUCUCCAACGCCUUCCAGGGAAUGUUUAUCUUCAUCUUCCUUUGUGUGUUAUCCAAGAAGAUACAGGAAGAAUACUACAGACUAUUCAAGAACGUGCCAUGUUGUCUUGUGUGUCUGAGAUAAACAGAAGGAGCAGUUAUAACUCACAGCAAACAUUUGCGCCAGCACAAUAAAACAAUCUCCCACAUUGUAUAGU